GUGGCAAUAAAAAUCAUUGACAAAUCUCAGCUGGAUGCUGUGAAUCUGGAGAAGAUCUACCGAGAAGUGCAGAUAAUGAAAAUGCUUGAUCACCCACAUAUUAUAAAGCUCUACCAGGUGAUGGAGACCAAAAACAUGUUGUACCUUGUGACAGAAUUUGCCAAAAAUGGAGAAAUUUUUGAUUACCUCGCUAGCCAUGGCCGUCUAAGUGAGUCAGAGGCCAGGCGCAAAUUCUGGCAGAUCCUCUCAGCAGUGGAGUAUUGCCAUGGUCGUAAGAUUGUUCACCGUGACCUGAAGGCUGAAAAUCUUUUGCUUGACAGCAACAUGAACAUCAAAAUAGCAGAUUUUGGAUUUGGAAAUUUCUAUAAGAGUGGUGAGCCUCUGACAACAUGGUGUGGAAGCCCACCGUAUGCAGCCCCAGAAGUCUUUGAAGGACAGCAAUACGAGGGACCUCAGCUGGAUAUCUGGAGCAUGGGUGUAGUUCUUUAUGUUUUGGUCUGUGGAGCACUACCUUUUGAUGGACCAACACUCCCCAUACUGAGGCAACGAGUUCUUGAAGGAAGGUUCAGGAUCCCUUAUUUUAUGUCAGAAGAGUGUGAACAUCUGAUUAGAAGAAUGUUGGUUCUAGACCCAUCCAAACGGUUAACUCUUGCUCAGAUUAAGGAGCACAAGUGGAUGCUUAUAGAAGUUCCUGCACAGAGACCCAUUCUUUAUCCACCAGGAGAGAAUGAGCCUUCCAUUGGAGAGUAUAAUGAGCAGGUUUUACGGCUAAUGCACAGCCUUGGAAUAGACCAACAGAAAACUAUUGAGUCUCUGCAGAACAAGAGUUAUAACCACUUUGCUGCUAUCUAUUACUUGUUGGUGGAAAGACUCAAAUCGCAUCGGAGUAGCUUCCCUGUGGAACAGAGACUUGAUGCUCGUCAGCGUCGGCCAAGCACCAUCGCUGAGCAGACAGUAGUCAAGGCACAAGCUGUGGUACCCUCAGUUAACUUGCAUUCACAAAAUGCAAGGUUAUUGCAGUCUCCAGGUUUUCCCUCAGCUUCAGGAGCAGAAGCCUUUUCAUUCCCUCCAUCCAGCUGCCAGGGAGGGACAGCAUUUAUGGAGGAAGAAAGAGUUGAGACACCAAAGGUAAAUGGCUGCCUGCUAGAUCCUGUACCUCCUGUGGUGAUUAGGAAAGGAUGCCAAUCGCUGCCUACCAGCAUGAUGGAAACUUCUAUAGAUGAAGGAAUAGAGACAGAAGGAGAGUCAGAAGAUGACCCUGCACAUGCAUUUGCAGCCCUCCAAGCAGCUCGCUGUGGGAAGCGACGUCACACUCUGGCAGAAGUUACCAAUCAGCUGGUGAUGAUGCCAGGCACAGGGAAAGUCUACUCAUUGGAUGAAAACUCAUCUCUGGGAAGUAUUGAUUCAGAGUAUGACAUGGAAUCCAUUCAGAGAGAUAUUAAGUUCCUGGAAGACACCCCUUCCUUGAAAGAAAUGGUGCUAACCAACCAACAAGCGUCCAGAAUGACACCUUUCAUAGGCCUGAGACCUGCCAAUCCAGCCAUGCAAGCACUCACCUCCCAAAAGCGAGAGACCCACAACCGCUCUCCUGUCAGUUUCCGAGAGGGGCGCAGAGCUUCCGACACAUCCCUCACACAAGGAAUUGUAGCAUUUAGACAGCACCUCCAGAAUCUGGCACGAACCAAAGGAAUCCUGGAACUCAACAAAGUCCAGUUACUAUAUGAACACAUGGGAUCAGAAGAACCUUCUCUGACAUCAACUGCCACCCAGUUGCAAGACCUCAUUAAUAGUUCUCCACAGGAAUCAUCUCAGCAGCAGCAGGAAGCUGUAUCUGCUUUCCCUAAUGGUGCACAUCCCCCAUUAUUAUCCAGACGGCAGAGCUUAGAAACACAAUAUUUACAACACAGGCUCCAGAAACCCACUCUACUAUCAAAAGCUCAGAACACUUGCCAGCUAUACUGCAAAGAAUUGCCCCGGAGUCUGGAACAGCAGUUACAGGAGCACAGGCUGCAUCAGAAGCGACUCUUUCUCCAGAAGCAGUCCCAGCUGCAGGCCUAUUUUAACCAGAUGCAAAUAGCUGAGAGCUCAUACCCCAGAUCAAGUCAACUGCCACUUUCAUGCCAGGAGGAAGAACAACAGCAGCAGCAGCAAUCAACUCAGUUCAGCUUGCAACAGCCUCUGAGCCCUGUAAUGGAGCCUUCCUCAGAACAAAUGCAAUAUGACCCCUUCCUCAGUCAAUACCAGAAGGUACAGCUGGAUCCACUGCCACCCUCUCAGAUCACCAGCUCACCACAGUUGUCAUCACCAGUUCAGGUGCAACAACCACCACAGUCCUUACACUAUUCCUAUCAGACUUGUGAAUUGCCUGUUGUCACCUCUUCUGAGACAGACUACCGAGACCAGUGCCAGUAUUCCAUGGACCCAGCACAACAGAGCAGUGUAGCAUCGCCUGACAGCCAGAGCAGCUCAGCAUCUCAUGAGUCCCAGUCAAACUAUGAUGCAUUAACCCUCUCAGAAUUGCCUGGACUCUUUGAUUGUGAAAUGAUGGAGACUGUAGAUCCACAGCACAGUGGCUAUGUCCUGGUGAAUUAA